CGGGGGCCGCGCCUGAAAAAGGCAAAAAAAGAGGGAAAAAAAGCCUGAAGUUGAUUUCGUCAAAGUCGAGUCGGCGAAAGACGCGGCGAGGUCAUUCAGACGAGCAAGUUUCAUCUUCCUUCCGUCUGCUUUCGAACGAGUCAGGUUCAAUGCGGUCUCAACGUCCGGUCCUGCCCAAAAGUCGUCUGUGAGCAAGGGUUGGACCGCACGUGUGAGGGUUACACCGUUUCUCCCCCGCCCCGUCUGAAUGUCCCCGCGUUAGCCGCCGACCGCACUUCCUCGUCCCGGCCCGCAGGGCGGCAGCAAAGCGAAGGCGGGCGUCGGCAUGAGCGAAUUCUGGCACAAGAUGGCCUGCUGCGUCAACGCCAAAGCGCCACCGAAGAAGAGGAGGCGGAGAAUCGACCGCAGCAUGAUCGGCGAGCCCACGAACUUCGUCCACUUGACGCACAUCGGAUCGGGAGAGAUGGCCGACGGAUUUCAGCCCUCGGGCUUGGUUCAGGAGCAGAUGAGGUCCAAAUGUCCAAACGUCAACGGCAGAAACAGUCUUUUAUAGCCCGGAGUCCGACGCUCCCGGCCGCCGGGGGCGACGUUCCUCCUUCGCCUAAGACCAUCCGACAGCCUAUCAGACCGACUCACGGGGAGAAAGUUGAGUCGAGAGGCAAAACGGCAUCACCGCUUGAGGACCAAAUACAGGUGACGUGACUG